AUGCGCUCAGUAGCUUUAAAUCCAUGUAAAGAAUGGAGCCCCAACCCCUCACCACUCCUGCUCGUUCUGCUUGGUCUUGGGAUUGAUGCCUUUGGUUCUGGACGGAGCCAUGUGAAUGCGAUCACACACCAUGGAAAGUCUGCGUUCACAGCUGCACAGGAGUAUGAGCUCCAUCAACAAGCCCUUAUCUUCAAGUACAUGGUCUCUGGCCUCCCUAUUCCAUUUCACCUUGUUCUUCCCAUUUGGAAGAGUUCUGGAAGCUCCAUUGGCGCUGCCAGUGGUGGAAUCCAUAACCAAUUUCCAAGAUUCUUUGGAUUUAGUCCUCCGGUGUUUGAUUACGGCAGCAUGAUGGAUCCUGAACCAGGAAGGUGUAGAAGAACUGAUGGGAAGAAAUGGAGGUGUAGUAGAGAUGUGGUUCCAGGCCAGAAGUACUGUGAGCGGCAUAUGCACAGAGGUCGUCAGCGUUCAAGAAAGCAUGUGGAAUCUUCUAAACAUAUUUCAGAAUCUGAUACAACCAUAACCAUCACAUCUAGUGACACCACUACAGCUAUCAAUUCUUAUAACACCACCAAUACAAUUGCCAAUCUCUCUGUUUCUGCCCCUCCCAAUCUUCAACUCAUGAUUCCCUCUUCUGACUACAGCAACAAUGUCCCUGCCACUGCUGAAAUUACCACUACCUCCUCUAGUAGUGGCAACAGUAGAGUUAACAAAAUCAAUGUCAUCAGUGACUCAUCUGCCACCCCUAUCACCAUCAAUUUCUGCAAUAGCAACAACAGAAGCAAAAACAAUGUUGGUGUCAAUAGAGACGCCAGCAUUAGCACCACCACAUUCAUCAGUGCAGUUGCUGACAAAUCCAACAGCAAAGACAACAGCUACUGCAUUGGUGACAAGGACACCGGAUUUGGCCAUUCCAAUUACAGAUUGGUAAGAGAAGCAGCAGCAAUGUAA